UUCUCCAAUGAUCCAAUUCUUGUACAUCAGCAGCAGCAACCAAACAAAACUCACCAUUCCUUGUCUUCACCAUCUUCUUUUUGUUAUCAUCAAAAAAAGAAAAACAACCAUCUUCUUAUUGUUCUCUUCCCUUUUGUAUUUAUCUAUGAUAUAAGCUUAGGCCCACUUUCCUUUAUUAUCUUGCCUUCUAAGCACUCUUUCCUUUCUUCAUAUUCCGUCUUUCUACUUUCACUUCUGUACCUCCAUUUCUCUCCCCCCACCUCUCAUUCUAAUUCUGAGCUCCAUCUCCAUUGCCAAGGAGCAUGCCUGAAUGUCCACAGAAAGGGAGAGAUUUGAUGAGGUCGGCAAGAAGAUCAAGAGAGAAACUGAUGACACCACCGAUAGAAUGGGAAGGCGACUAGGCCCAGUGGGAACCCUAAAUACCAUAACUCCUUGCGCCGCUUGCAAGCUCUUGAGGCGGCGGUGUGCUCAAGAGUGCCCCUUCUCUCCUUAUUUCCCACCUCAUGAGCCCCAAAAGUUUGCUUCGGUGCAUAAGGUCUUCGGUGCAAGCAACGUCUCCAAGAUGCUGAUGGAGGUUCCUGAGGCCCAGAGAGCUGAUGCGGCCAAUAGCCUGGUCUACGAGGCGAACAUGAGGCUCGGAGACCCAGUCUAUGGAUGCAUGGGGGCAGUUUCAGGCUUGCAGCAACAAGUUCAGGCCUUAGAGGCGGAGCUCCGAAUGGUAAGAGCUGAGAUCUUGAAGCAUAAGUGCAGGCAAGCUAGUGUUCAUGUCCUCCCUACAUCUCAUGCUGCUUUGCUUGCUCCCUCUGGGGAUGUGUCCGUCGCUGCACCUCCUCGUCCAGCUUCUUCUGCUUCUUCCUCUUCCAUUUACACCACCCCUCCUUCGACCUCCUCGACUGACUACAGCUCCAUCAACCCAAAUGGAAAUGUCGCAUUCUUUGGCUGAGAAGCUCACAAAAAAAUUUUGUAAGUCAUGAUCAACAACGUGGAAUAAAGGAGGCAAGAAAUAUUGGUUUGUUGGGAGUAAAAUUUCCUUUAAAAAAAAAAAAAAUCUCUUUCUUUAAAUUCAAGCAUUACUACUUGAUGUUCCAAAGCCCAAACUCGCCUAAAAUUUGCUGAAUAAUAAUUUUCAUUAUCUUUCAUCUC